UAAGACUGAGACCAUCUUAAGCUUAAGUGUGAUUUUCUGACACCAUGAAGGCUCUGGGACAGUUUCUGCUUUUCCACGCUCUUUUUUGUGCUGCAUCACAUGUUCAAGGAAGUGUCAUCAUCAAUGGGGAACUUGCUCCAGAAGGUUCCAUGCAGUUCAUGGUGUCCGUCCAGAACAAAAAUGGUCACGUGUGUGGAGGCUUCCUCAUCUGCGAAGACUUUGUGGUCACUGCUGCUCACUGUGACAGUGGUCUGAAUCACGUCAUUCUGGGAGGACACAACUGGAAAAACAGCAAUGUCAAGAAAAUUCAAAUAAGCAACCAAUACAAGCACAAAAAAUACAGUGAUGUUCAAUAUGGCUACGACAUAAUGCUCCUUAAAUUGGCCGAAAAUGCUACCAUGGGAGAGAACAUUAAAACAAUUCCGCUGGCAGAAAAUGACAUGAAUUUGAGUGUAAAUCAGGAGUGCUCUGUGGCUGGAUGGGGGAAGACGGUGAGCACUGGCGGUCUUGCGGAUGACCUGAGGGUGGUGAAUGUGUCCAUCAUAGAUCACAAUGACUGUCAGCAGAGCUGGGGGGGCCUUCCCCCCAAUGUGAUCUGUGCAGGUGGAAAGUAUACAGUCAAAGGAUUCUGUCAGGGGGAUUCUGGUGGUCCUCUGGUGUGCAACGGCAAAGCUGUUGGCAUUGUCUCUUUUAACAAGGGUGACAACUGCAAAUACCCUGAUGUGCCCAACGUCUACACGGACAUCAGAGAAUAUGUUGAUUGGAUCAACAACAUCACCAAGAGCACAGAGUGCCUCAUGUGAACCUUUGAAACAACGUUUAACUCCAGCAGAGGCAGUUUUCUGGCCUCAUUUAAAAAUGAAGAGUUUUUCCCCAAAGAUUUUUUUUAUCAUUUUAACCAAUAAAAAAUUAAAAACA